AUGAAGCGAAUUCCCGAAAUUGUGGAAGAACGAGACGAGCUCCCCGGUGGUGCGCGGCGUCCGCCUGGUGAGGCAGGUGAGGUAAGAGGUCAAUGUCAGCAGGGGAUCCUCGCCGCCGCAGGACGGAGUGAGGAUGGUGGAAAUAUGCUUGCCGGUUUCGUGAGUUGCAGGCAAAUCCUUCUCCGUAAAUCCCAUCCUGACACAGCUCUUGUGGCAGAUGUUGCACGGGUCGAAGGGAUGCGUCUCGAACUUGGAGUCCGAGGCGUCAGUCAGGAAGUCCUGGAGGGGGGACUUAACCUUCACAUCACGGCCAUAAUGACAAUCCUCCCAACCUCCCUGAGAUUUAUUCCGAUAACACUGCGACUUGAGGAACGCCAACUGGUGGCAGCAGGCGUAGACGUAGUCCCGCAGCUGGCAGAGGAGGGCGCAGCAAUCAGUCUCCUUAGAUUGGUCGGAGCCCGUACGUUUUAA